UUGUCUCGGAAUAAUUCAUGAAGGCGCGACCGCACGUCAUCGCACCGCGACGCGCCACGACGCGUCAUCGCCCAGCGACGGAGUUGUCCGUGUUGUAAACACUCGGAAGGAGCUGGAGACCGACGAGCAUGGAUGAUCUCCUGAAGGUACACAGAGGUGGCGGCUAUGACUCUGACUUCAGUGAUGAUGACGCGCAGGGAGAGUCCUCGAACAGAGGCCUCAAAAGGAAAAGCGAGGACGAAAUCUUACAGAAGCCAUUCAAGAAAGGUCGGCACUCCCAGGUGGCUCACCGGAGUUUACACUCUAAUGAGCUGGACAGAGAGGAAGCCAGGAACAGAAGAGCCCACCUGAUAUCAUUGAAUGCUUUUGAGCGACAUAAGAAGUUUGUCGGUGACUACAUACUUUAUUAUGGAGGAAAGAUGGCCGACUUCAAACGCACUGUAGGUAAAGACAAAACAGAUUUGGAUGUGCUGCGUGAGAAUCAUCGCUUCCUGUGGAGGGAUGAGGACGAGGAAGACAUGACAUGGGAAAAAGAACUUGCCAGGAAGUAUUACGACAAACUGUUUAAAGAGUACUGCAUAGCUGAUCUCAGCAGGUACAAGGAAAAUAAGUUUGGAUUCCGUUGGCGGACUGAGAAUGAAGUUGUCUCUGGCAAAGGUCAAUUCCAGUGUGGAAACAAACGCUGCGAGAAGCAAGAAGGCCUAAAAAGCUGGGAGGUGAAUUUUGCCUAUGUGGAACACAGCGAGAAAAGGAAUGCGCUGGUCAAACUCAGACUAUGCCCCGAAUGCUCCUUCAAACUCAACUAUCAUCACAAGAGGAAAGAGGUGAAAGUAAAGACAAAGACUGAAAGGCUAUCGGAGGAGAACCAGGAGCCGUCGCAGAAGAAGACGAGGAAGAAGAGGAAGAGAUCGUCUUCACAUUCCAAGAAGCAGAAACAAAAGGACAAGAGGCACAGAGAUCGCUCCACCUCUUCCAGCAGCUCAGAGGAGUUGGUGAAUUCGGACAAAGACUCUGGAGGUGAGGAUGAGGGCCAAUCGGACGCUGUCCACUGGCGAGGACCCGCCCCUGCCGUGGAGGAAAAGUCGAGGGAGGAGGAGUUCGACGAGUACUUUGAAGACAUGUUUCUUUGACUCUGCUGGAGUCAGCGGCAACCCUGCUGUGACUGCACUCCGCUCCCUCCGCCGCGCUGCUCUGUUCUGUCUUGUGUGCGCGAGUAGUUUUCUUCGACUGGAUGUUUCAAUAUUUGUACAGAAAUAAACAGAAUGUUUACACGG